AUACUAGGUUUGCAGCUACGCAGUUGAUGUUGCAGUCACACUUUAUAACCUAAUGAAACAAGUUACUUUAUUUGCGGAUACAAUCCUACAAGUGAUUCGAGUAUUUGAAGAAACCAUCACUGAUCAGAUGCCCGCAAAAGUUUUUUUCUAGCAAUUAUUGUCAAAAUCACCUCAGAUUUGGCGUGCAGUUUGUUUUUCAUGUCAUUGGUAGCAUACAUUCAUCUCCUAGUGAAACAGAAAGAAGACGUUAAGAAGAAAGGAAAGAAAGAAUCGACCUUCAGCGGAAAAGUUUCUCCUAAACUUAGAAUCAAUUUGGAGACCAAGAUUCUAAAAGUAAAACGAGCUUCGUGAUUGUUGAAGAUAUUGAUGUCAAAAUGAAGAUUUGUAUGCGGAUCGUUUUCAUCAAACUUCUCAUGAUCACAUGGGUUAAAGGAGAAGACUGUAUGCUACCAAUGACCUGUGAAAAUAGAAUGGUGUGGAAGAAAGCUCCAGUUGUAUCAAAUAAUGAUGCCUGUUCCAUGAAGUACAAAACAUUGGAAGAUCGAGUGAAUCAAUUGUCCAGCAUAAUUUAUUCUUUGCAAAGACAAUUGGAUAAUGCAAACAUGUCAACAGCAGAAGAUGAUGACGAGAUUACAACUCAACCACACGAAUACGAAAACGAGAAUUCUCCAGUCACCACUUAUACUGCUCCGGCAACAAUUAGUCAGACCAAUAUAUUGUCAACUACGAACCUAUCACUUCUGACUACAAUCGCCGAGACUACACGUAAUGAAAAAGUUGAGCUGAGCACAAACCAGAGAAGUUGCGGAUUCACUUACAAUUCAAAAUGCUUUCAAGCCAUCAUGCAAUAUGCCGGGAACAUCACUUUCAGCGAUGCUGAAUAUAUUUGCGAAAACAAACUGGCUAACAUCUAUGACGUCACACAAUUCAACAUGAUGCUAAGUUACAUGCGCACAAAGACUACAGACUACUGGACUGCGCUUGCAGUUCACACUGGAAUGAUUUAUCAGGGCGGUCAAUUGAAAUUGUCGACCGGAGAAUCUGUAUCCCUGCCGACAAAUGUUUGGAAGCCUGGUUUUCCUAACAAAAUAGGAUCACACACAAAUGUUGCUAUCGAUGUCUAUCGAAACCCAGAUAGCACGAAUCAAGGAUUUCUGAAUCAUGACUCAAACGUGAAUUAUUAUGGCGCCAUCUGCGAAUAUGAAUUGUAACUGAAAUUUGUCUAUAGAUUCGUUGAUAUUGAAGCAGAAAAGGUGGUAAAAUGACUUGAUUUUGACUGAAUUAUUGUUAUUUGCUUGCCGAUGUUGUUGUGGACUCGUGUAUCUUUAAGACUUUGUUUUGUCAUAUUGUUGAUUAUAUUGAUUAAUUGAUUACAGUGUUGACCAGGUAGCCUUAUUGACGCUUAUGUUCGCUGCGUUUAUUCUCCACACUUGAAAAGUAUAGGUAGUACAUACACAAUGCCCUAUGCAUCUGUGUUAUGUAUAGUAUACACUUGAAAAUGAUAUAACUGGAAAUAAAUAAUAUAACUGGAAGAUGCGUUACAUAAUUACAAUUCCCGGCUAACCUUAUUAUGCCUAAUCCGCCUAAUUGUUGAACUAAUAAAUCUGCAUUUUCCCUUCUAAGUCACAUAGUGCAGCCUAUUUGCAUAAAAAAAAUAUAUAUAUAUUAAAGUGUUUAUCAAACCUCUUGUAAAAUUGAAACUUUAUUCAAUAAAUGAUCAAGCGUUAACUUUACGUCGUCCAUAAUCUGUAUAAAACACACUAGGAAAAAGAUUUAACUAAUUUUUGACACAAGCAUUAAUUCUCUGCUAUAUGAUUUUUUACAUUCUUUUCCGAUAAAGAGGAUUUAAUGAUCGGAAUUAUUCAACCAGGUUUUAAAUUCAACCAAUAGGAAUGAAUCAUGAAUGUAAAUUGUAAAAAGAAAAAAAUAUAUUGAAAUGAUGUUUCUAACGACGAAACAGAUCUUUUUUCUAGGUUCAUAAUUAGAAAACAACAACUUCCUGAAUAUAUAUAGACGGCCAACUGCAAAUCCAAUUUUUCUCUAUUUAUUUUAUUAUCAUUUGAUUAUCGUAUAUGAAGGAACGACCAUCAUAGAUGAGUGAUUAUAUUCCUUACAAGUCCGCACCACUUGAUUGUGUUUUACAAUGUUAUUAUUAUAUAUCACACUAAUUAACUUAGAAGUCUUCCCAGUUGGGUCCUUUGUUGCUCUUUAAUAGUAUAGCUGUAGUCGUCCUUUUUCGUUUCUUUUCAGCCAAUCACGUUCGGAGUGAAGAGAUAGAAUUUUAAAAAUAUCUUAACUUUAAAAAUAUUAAAAUGUGAAAUUCUAAUGCA